ACCACUUAGUUUCCAGAACCCUCAGUGCGAUCAUCGCGAUCGAGCCGCGAUCCAUGAUCGCGAGCUCCCAUAGAAAUUCUCUCGUAGUGCUUUGUUGCUUCAAGGAAACAUGGUAAACGUAUCGUUGUUCAAUUAAAUUGUGGAUGUGCAAAGAACAGUGAGAAAUUUCAAUCGUAUAGUACAGAAUCGUGUGAUCUUUCACCGGCAAUAAGACGUUAAUCCUCGGAAGACGAAUAUUCUGGGACCAACUUGAUAAACGUGGUUCUAUACGAGUUCGAAGAUUGAGCGAUGUGCAAAAUUUGAAAUAUAUUUUUGUCUCUAAAUAAAAUUGCGUAAUAAAGAAUUUAAUGACGAUGGUGAAGGUGGGUUACACUCUGGUGAUUUUGACACUGUUGCUGAUGCUAUGGGCAUCUCUGGCGCGAAUGCACGAGUUUCCGGUGCAGUAUCCACCCUGUUUCUUCAACCCUCUUUGCACCUGUUCGAAAGCCAUCCCCAAUCUGGGCAUAGUCACCUGUUACAAUGUACCGAUGCCACGCAUACCUCAACCUCUCAAUUCUUCCAAGGUGUUCAUGUUGCAAUUGGAGAACAAUGGACUGAUGUUUUUGCAGCCGCAGUUUCUUGUGAACACAGGUCUGUACAGUCUACGGAUCAAGCAUAAUCCCCUGGCCGACAUCCCGGACGAAGCUUUCCUAGGGCUUGAGAGAUCGUUAUGGGAGCUCGAAUUACCCUACAAUCAGUUAGAAAGGGUUCCCAGCAGGUCGUUCAGACAUUUACAGAAACUGCAACUUCUCGAUCUGACAGGUAACAAAAUAUCGAAGAUCGCGCCAGAAAAUUGGCGCGGAUUGGAGAACUCCCUUCAAAAAUUGCGCUUGGGUCGAAACGCGAUCGACAAACUUCCGGCAGACGCGUUCGCCGGUCUCACCUACUUAGAUAUGCUUGACCUACGCGAGAACAAUCUGAAGGAAAUCGAUCCUUCGGUGUUCAGAGACGGCAUGGCGCAUCUGGUGCACCUGUAUCUGAAUGGGAAUCAACUGACUCACAUACCGUACGCGCAAUUGUCCUCUUUGAAACGUAUGAAGGUCCUCGAUUUGAGCUAUAAUAGGAUAUCGAAGAUGUUGAAUCAACAACAGGAGCCGGAAAUCAGGGGAUUACAAAUGUCACUGGAUAUAUUGAGACUGGAUUACAAUCAGAUCGAGUCAUUGAUGCCUGGUGACUUUCAGCAUUUUUAUAAGGUCAAUAGGACUUAUCUUGAUGGGAACCCACUGACUAUGAUCGAGGAGGGUGCGUUUAGGGAUUCAAGGAUACGCGAGCUUUAUUUCUGUGAUUGUCAUCUAAUGGAAGUGAGUUCCCCUGAUUUUGCUGGUCUGGAAUCGUCUUUGGAAUUGUUGGAUCUUUCGGGGAACAAUAUCACCACCCUUCCAAGCCCCGUCUUUCAAGAAUACGAUUUUCUGCGUACUCUAAUCUUCCGUGAGAACAAGAUCCAGACGUUUUCCCCGGCCGAAGUGUUCAACGGGUUCCAAUACUCCCUGUACAAUCUGGACCUAAGUGGCAAAGAAAACAGCGUGGUGUCUCUUCAGGACCUACGACAAAUGCGUAACAUGCGAUUUCUCUCGAUUUCGCGGAUGCCACAGUCGACCUUGUCCACGGAGGAUUUCAUGGAGUAUGGGAUGGACAUCAAGGAGCUUCGUAUCGUUCAAAGCAACUUAAACACCAUUAAAGGUCAUGCUUUUAUGCACGUCCGUGGGAUCAAGUACAUGGAUUUCUCGGAGAAUUCGAUAUCGUCCAUAGAGGACGAAGCCUUCUCCGAGGUCGGCCAUUCGCUUUUGACGUUGAGAAUAGCGCACGGUCUGUCGUCCUCCAUUUCUGAGAUGCCGAACGCACCCUUCAAGUUUCUGCCGAAUCUACAACAUCUCGACUUUAGUAACAACAAAAUUAAAUCUUUGCCGGAUACUUCGUUCCAUUUUCUGAAGAGGAUCAAACGGAUCGAGUUGCAGGACAACGAAAUCGAUGACAUCAGAAAGGGAACGUUUCAGGGCGAUAUACACUCGUACCUGGAGGAUGUGAAUUUCUCGUUCAAUAAAAUCAAAACCAUUCAGACCCACACAUUCGUGGACCUGCCAAAGUUAACGAUGAUCAACUUAGAGGACAAUGCUAUAGAUAGAAUCGAGAGGCGGGCAUUUAUGAACAUGAAAUUACUGAAAUACAUUAAUCUACGUGGUAAUAAAAUCAAGGAUAUCACCGACGAGGCUUUCCAGAAUCUUCCAGAUUUAGAGUUUCUCGAUCUCUCCUACAACGAUCUGAACGAAUUCGAUUUCGCCUCGUUCGAUCAAGUGGGAACGCUAUCUUCGUUCAAGAUAAACGCCAGCCACAACGAGAUCCCGAAAUUGUGGAUCAACAGCACCACAUUCACGCCACCGACUACCAUCGGUGGUACAAUACAAUCGAACAUCAAAGUGUUAGACCUCAGCUACAACAACAUCAGCGACAUAAUGAGGUACUACUUCAAGCCAGUCGAGUACUCGUUAACGCAUCUGUAUUUAUCCCACAAUCAGCUGAGCAACGUCACGCAAGGAGUAUUCGGGAACAUGCCACAUCUGCAGUGGCUGGAUUUAAGCCACAACGAUUUGAUAGAAGUCGACUUCGACUGCUUCAGGAACACGAAGAACCUUCAAGUACUCUUCUUGUCAUGGAACAACAUCAUGGAUAUUCCAGCGGAGGCACUGAGACCGUUAAAGAAAAUGAGAAUCGUCGAUUUUUCUCAUAAUAAACUUAGAACGUUGCCGGAUAACAUGUUCGCUGAUGCGAAUAUAGAAAGUCUGGAUUUGUCUCAUAAUCAGUUUAUGAGAUUGCCGAUCAAAACUAUGUCUAUCUCGGCGGCUGCGAGUUUGUCUAUUUUAGACAUGUCAUGGAACUCGCUGUCUGGAGUCCACACUACGGAUGCCAUUUUCAGGCUGAGAAGUUUAACCUGGCUGGAUCUCUCUUACAACCGACUGGUCAGACUAGACGAUGGCGUGUUCUCCGACUUGCAGUACCUAACUCACCUCGAUUUGAGUCACAACAAGCAGCUACUAUUAGAAUCACGUGGAAAAACGUUCCACGGUUUGGAAGAUUCGCUUUUGUAUCUGGACUUAAGCAACAUUUCCCUCUUGAGUGUGCCAGAGUUACCAUUACGACGAUUACAAACGUUGUACUUGGCGCACAACGAGUUGGCAUCAAUACCAGCCGAAAUGGCAUCAAAUUUGACGUCCCUUCACUAUUUGGACCUAAGUGCCAACGACUUGACGGUGGUGCCACUGAUCACGCACACCCUGCCGGAACUGAAAACCUUCAAUUUAGCAGAUAAUCCUAUCACGGCGGUUAGCAACACCAGCUUCUUAGGAAUCGCGGACAGUCUCGAAGAAUUAGACAUAAGGCGAUUGUCUCUGUCAACCUUCGAGAGUGGAGCGCUUUGUAAAGCAACGAAGCUUCGCAAGCUUUACAUAACUGCUUACAACGGCGUUAAGAAUUUCAAUUUUCCUAAUAUUCUCGAGUACAAUCACGGCUUGCGGCAUCUACUCAUUGACGUACAAAACGACACGAACCUGGAGAAAGAAAUGAAAGGAAAGUUCCCGAGUAAAUUAUUUAACAUAACGUUAACUGGUCGAGACUUGAAAACCAUCAAUCCAGAUAUACUACGAGGUAUAAGAAAUCCACACUUGCAUUUCGGGAUGUAUAACACGAGCGUGAGCAGCGUGCCAAAGCAAAUGUUUGAAAACGCGGAAUGGGUCAGAAACGUGACGAUCCAUCUUCAUCACAACGAUGUACGGACUCUUCAUAAUCCAUCCAACGGCUAUAAACCAGGUGUUCCGGGAAAGCGGUUUCUAACAAAACUAACCGUUGCUGGUAGCUACUUCACUUGCGACUGCGAUAUUGGGUGGAUGGAAAAUUGGCAGAGAAAGCACAGACAGUAUCAAGAGGAUCGUUGCACGACGUACAGCGAAUUCAAGAACUUCGAGCGGGACGAAGAGGACGAUGAAUUCGAUUGUUGGGACAAUGGCUGGGACGACGAUCUUCGUGAAUCGUUUUGUUUGAACAAAAACAAUGUUUCGGUGUUAGAGGCAUUGAAAACCGACCUCGAGUGUGGAUGGGGUUCAGCCAGUUACGUCCACGCGCCUUAUCAACUCAUUCUUCUUCUCCUCUUCACGUUGUUCUAACAACGACGAUCUAUUAAGUCUUAUCUUCUUGGCCUAUUCGCAUUUCACACUUUUCAGAUCGAUCACCGUCCCUCCUUUCACCGUCGUUUCGAGUGCAAACACGCGAGAUUCGAAUAUGACAAAGAAACAAUUAUGUUUCUUUGGGUACAGAUGGGAAGGCUUCCUGAGGAAUGUAAGGAUAUAGGUUUUAGUUGGUAAAUUUUGGAGGAUGGAUAUCUGGUGAUUUUUUUAUUUUUGAAUUUGUGGAGUUUUGAAGGUGAAAAUUUUGAAAUUUGAAA